AUGGCAUCCGUCACGUCCCUGGACAAGGACCUGCGCAGGUUGCGCCUCGAGAAAUACACGCCCGCCGCAGCCAACGAAGCCCGCGCAUGGAUCGAAGAGACGCUCGGCGAACCGCUGCCGUCAAAAGAUUUGCUAGAAGGCCUCAAAGACGGCGUCGCUCUCUGCAAGCUCGUCAAUCUCGCCCUCCCCGCCCCCGGCAUCAAGUUCAAAAAGUCGGCCAUGCCCUUCGUCCAGAUGGAAAACAUCUCGCAUUUCUUACGCGCAUGCCAAGCACCACCUCUGAACCUGCAACAGCACGACAUGUUUCUCACCGUCGACCUGUACGAGCAAAAGGACCCGGCCCAGGUGCUGCAGUGCAUCGGCGCCUUCAGCAGAGCCGCGCAUGCCGCCAACCCCAACAACUUCCCCCAUCCCAUCGGGCCCAAGACGGCAAAGCCGGCUUCUUUUACUGGAAACGCCAAACUGAGUCCUGCAAAGCCCCCCGGUUCCCCCGAGUCAGUUAGCUCCUGGAGCAGGAGGAAAGACGAGGGCUCGACGAACCCGGCUUGGAACAUUGCGCAAUACGGGUACAUGGGCGGCGCCAGUCAGGGCAACUUGGGCAUCGCCUUUGGAGCCCGCAGGCAGAUCACUGGCUCUGGACCUCAGGUACCCAGCCUGGCUGAGAAAGAGCGCAUCAGGAAAGAGAAGAUAGCGGAAGAAGAACGUCAGCGGCAAGAGGCUCAGGCCCGGCGCCAAGCCCAGCUGGAGGCCGAAGAGCUCGCUCGCGCCGAAGAGGAGAAGCGAUGGCAGCAAGAGACGGAGCGACAGAAGGAGGAAGAGCGCCGCAAGAUUUUAGAGGAGAAGCAGAAAUGGCAGGAAGAGGAGCGGCAAUGGAAGCUGACCGAAGAAAAGCGCCGCAAGGAAGAAGCUGAGGCUGAGGCUCGCCUCGAGGAAGAGCGCCGCCGCGUCAGAGCCAAGAGCCCUCUCAAGCUGCAUGGGCAAUACCUGAGCCAGUACCAAGCUGAACAAGCCGGCACUGACGAAGAGCGACUUCGUGAGGCAGAACGUCGUGAGGCCGAGUAUGAGCGCGAGCGCCAGGAGCGAGCUGCUGACGGCGAAGUGCCGGACUCACCGGCCAAGCUGAGAGGCCGGACAGGCGACUCGCGAAGCCCCAAAGCGGUCAACAACACCUCGCAGCUGAGCCGUCACGAGUCCUGGUCGCAAGGGGAGCGCGAAGUUCUCCACACCAAGUGGAAGCAGCAUCAGGAGGACCUGAAGGAGGAUGAACGAGAGGGACUGGCUUCUUCGCCGAUGCCCAAGUCCCCUCGCCCUCUGCCUAAUCCCAGCGGGCUUCCGGGCGGACGACCGCUGCCGGACCCAGCCAAGUACUCGUCCCCUCCCAGGGAACCGGCGCAGAACCGCACAGAUCGCUUCCUGGCGAGCAAUCCUGCACCAAAGCCGUUCGUCGCUCAGCAGACGUACGCCCGAGAGCUCGGGGCGACGGAGGAGCGCGACGCCGAAGACCAGCGGCGGAUCCAGAGCCAGGACAAGACCAAGGCGAGCGGCUGGGCGUCCAUGUCGCUCCUCGAGCGCGAAAAGGAGCUGGAGCGGCAGCGGCAGAAGGAGUGGGAGGAGGCCCAGAAGGAGACGGCGGCCAUGGCCCGCGGCGACACCGGCGUCGACGGCAUCGGUGGCGGCAUCGACGGCCGGUGGGACGUCAGCCAGUGGAGCGGGUACACGGGCGGCGACGGCCAGAACAAGGGGUCGCAGGGCAUCGGCGCAGGCCGGAGGCAGAUUGUUGGGCCGCGGCCUCUGCCCACCAGUCCCGGGCGGUACUGAAAACCGGAUGAGGAGGGAACAAAAGGAGAGGAAGAAGAGGGAGCAAUUUUGGUUGUGACGGACCUGGAUUGGCAAGUUAUACUACGUAGAUGAUCUUUGAUGGGCGUCCAUCCGGCUUUUGGCGGGAGUGGGAAUUUACA